AUGAUAUAUAGGGGAGGUAUGUCGACCUUAGUUUAUGGGACCCACAUUGAUAAGUUGACAAUGGUUACGGUUCCUAGAAUGUUGACUGGGUGGGGUUACACGCAAGGGACAUAUAGGAGAUGGAUGAAGAUUAUUGAAAUAGAUGCUAACUUUUUUCAGAUUAGGAAGGAUGAUGAUUGUUACAAUUUCGCAGCAUAUGCAUGUGCCAAUGAGGUUGAUGGGGAAAUGUUUGUGGAGCACGAUGUAAGAGGUGUUGAAGUGUCAGUAAGAAGUCCUAGGUGUGUGAAUGAGAUACUUGAUAUGGAUAGAUGUGAUGAAGAGGGAGUAGAAUGUAUGGGCGAUAGUGCGGAUGAACGCGCCACUGUUACCUAA